GGGCUCAGUCCGCCGCGCCGGCCGGGGGACGUCGUUCGCAAGAGGUUACGGGCGUGACUCGGAGGAGGAAGGCGGCUCUCGGCUGCCAUUUCGUCGCCCGCUUAGACUCCGAGCGGCCAUUUACUCUUGCCGGACACACCCCGAGGCCUAACGGAAUCGCCGCCUCCGCGAGGAUUCCCAGAAAACGGGGCGAAGGACAGAAGGUUGCGGCUUCUAGGGCGGCCGUGCCAGGGCGGCCUGUCACCGAGCGACGACGUAAAAGGCAGCCCCAGCCCCCGGCCGCCCAGAGAGGGGGAGAUGGACGGCGAGAUGAACUCUUCCAGCUCCUACAUUUUCUACGAAUACUACCUGGACUAUGUGGAUCCGGUGCCCGUGGACGAGAGGAAGCUCGGUGCCAACAAAUACUCCAUCGUCAUCGUCUUCUGGGUGAGCCUGGCGGCCUUCGUGGUGCUUCUCUUCCUCAUCCUGCUCUACAUGUCCUGGUCAGGCUCGGCCCGGCUCAAGAACUCCGGCUCCCGCCCCGAGUGCCCGUGGAGCCGUCUUCUCAACCAGCCGGUCCGGAGGCGCCGCUGCUGCCCGACCGGCCGGGCCGGCCCCUCCCCGGACGGGAGCCGCGUCCGCGGGUCCGAAGAGAGCGGCUGGAACUGCGAGCGGCCCCCGGCCGAGGGCGACGGCCGCGCCCCCGCCGUCUCCGCUCCCCCGUCCCCACCCUCCCGGCCGGCGGCCUGUGGCGAGAGCCUCCUGGUCUGACACCCAGAGUCCGGAGCUCACCGGACUCACGGCGGGAAGGCUCCCCUGGAGCCCAGCUCGCCGGGUGGUCGGUCCGGUCAGCGGGCCUCCUUCCCGGAGCGCUACGGUGACGUGGGCCGGCCUGCGGGUCCCGCCCCCGCCCCGUGCCCGGCCCCGAUCGUCCCGUUCGCCGAAAGGGGAUGCGCGCGGAUAAACGGUCCGACGAUC